AACACCUUCAUAAAAAUAGUAACAAAACAUAAUAACAAUAUAAACGAUACCUGCACCAAAUUCUUGUUCCCUUUUAUCCAUUUUAGCACAAGAAAUCCGAUAGGAGAGGAGGGAGUGUGCGUAAUUACGCACGGCACCAAAGGAAUUUCAUCAACAGCUCCUCUCUCUCUCUCUCUCUCUCUCUCUCUCUCUCUCACACACACACACACAAACACACACCUGGGGUUUCGCCUUUCUCCAUUUACCGAAACGAUUCAGCUGCAGCUCCAGCCUGCAGUCCUCUCCGCGUGCACAGGGCAGGAUGGGAUGCGCCUCCAGCUCUCAGACUACAGCCGUGGACACGACCCGACCCAACGCCAAGCCCGAGGAGAGCAACGGAGCCAGCACCACAGGGGUGGCCAGCGAGAAUGGAAACAUGGCCGAGGACAGUGAAACUAUUCCAGACCAGACGCCCGCAGAAGGCAGUGAUGCUAAGCUCGGCAGUGAGCCCGCUGCCGCCUCUGAUGCUGCAACACCUGGAGAUGGAAACUCUGCAAACCCACCAACCGGGGAGGACUCCCAGCCUCCAGCAGAGACUCCGGCAGCAGGGACACCGGCACAAGAAACCCCCGAAACAGCAACGAGCUCCUCAGAGGCUGCAGCUCCACAGCCAGAAACCACAGAGACCAAAGUAGAGGAGG